AUGCAGGAAAAUGGUAUGUUGGCUGCAGCCGCUGCUGCGGCCAAUCAUGCCAGAAAAGUGGCUGUGAAAGUCUUGGUCAAUAACAAUGGACAGCCAACUAUACCAGAUUUGAAAGCCUACCAGAACCCAAUGUUAGGGAAGACGUUGAAUCCGCUAUUUACGCCGCCAAACCUACUAGAAAGUUCGCCGAUAUUGAAGCAUUUUGCGGGAGUUUACGGCGUUGAUUUCGCAAAGAAUCCUGAGUACAAAGCUUUAUUGCAAGAGUCUUACAACCAAGCAGUUUUACAGUCUCUAUAUGGCCCUCAUUUAGGCGUGAAUUACCCUAACUUACCACUUCCAUAUAUGUAUUAUCCUGGCCAAUCAGCGUUCGGCAUGCCCGUGCCUUGUGACGUGGACCGAAGUCCAGUGGAACGACAGGAAAGCAAAGAAUUUUCUGAUGAAAAAGAAAAAGAGAAGGUAGAAGUGAAACCAAAAACUCAUAUCGAUUUGAACGAGAAUAGUAACGAGAGUAUGGCCAGUAAUAUUGAAAUCGAAAAUUGA